AUGGUGGUCGCUUGUUGCAGAGGCAUCAGUACAGAGCGCGGAGAGCGGGCGGACUGUCGCGUCGGGAGUGGGCCGCUGCCGACGAGCGUGCAUGACGCUACACACGGCGAGCAACACUGCCCGCAGAGCGUCGAAGUUCAGCGGCAGCAGGCACCGGAAGCUGCUGCCUCUGCGGCAGACGUGACUGGCGCGCGCGCGGGCCCCCGCCCCGCACGCGUCCCGCUGCGCGCUCGCUCUGUAGUACAGAUCCAGUGCCACCAGCGUACCACCACCAGGGCCGCUCCCGCCAUGGGCUCCCUAAACGUGAACCGCAAUGUGGCGGACGCCUUCUACCGCUACAAGAUGCCGCGCAUCUGCGCCAAGGUCGAGGGGAAGGGGAACGGCAUCAAGACGGUCAUCGUGAACAUGCCAGAAGUGGCGAAGGCGCUGGGACGCCCUGCCACCUACCCCACCAAAUACUUCGGCUGCGAGCUGGGCGCCCAAACUCAGUUCGACUUCAAGAACGAGCGCUUCAUUGUCAACGGCAGCCACGACUCUGCCAAGCUGCAAGACCUGCUGGACGGGUUCAUACGGAAGUUUGUGCUGUGCCCCGAGUGCGACAACCCCGAGACGGAGCUGAUCGUGUCGACGAAGCGCAACAGCAUCUCGCAGGGCUGCAAGGCGUGCGGCUACCACGGCGCGCUCGACUUCAACCACAAGCUCAACACCUUCAUACUCAAGAACCCGCCCGCCGCCGACCCCAGCGUACAGGGCUCCUCACUGACGGAGGGCAACCGCGGGAAGCGCUCCAAGCGCUCUGGUCCGCCAGCCAACGGCAACCACGAUGGCCAGGAGAACCAUGAUGCCAAGAAUGACGGGGACGCACCCAUCACCCCCGCCACGCCCAACCCGAAGAGCAGCAAGAAGGAGAAGAACAAGCACGAUGACGAUGACGACGGCACCUGGACGGUUGACGUCAGCGAGGAGGCGGUGCGCGCGCGUAUGCAAGACCUGACGGAGGGCGCGAAGAGCAUGACGCUGUCCGAGGACACGGAGAAGAACGAGAAGCAGCGCAUGGACCUGUUCUACGCGUUCGUGAAGCAGCGCGCCGACUCCGCGGCCGCCGAGGGCGGGAAGGCCGUCAGCGACAUCGUGCACGAGGCGGAGCGGCUGGAGGUGCGCGAGAAGGCGCCGCUGGUGGUGUUCGAGGUGCUGAUCCGGCCCGCCACGCUGUCGGCGGACGUGCGCAAGCAGCGCACGCUGCUGCUGCGGCUGACGCGCGGCUCUGCGCGCGCGCAGCGGGCGGUGCUGAACGCGCUCGUGGCGCUGUGCGCCCACCACCCGGCGCUGCUGCCCAAGGUGCCGGCCAUCCUCAAGCUGCUCUACGACGAGGACGUGAUCGAGGAGCGCGCCGUGCUCGAGUGGGCGGCCAAGCCGUCGCGCAAGUACGCGCCGCGCGAGCUCGUGGCGGACGUGCGCCGCCGCGCGCAGCCCUUCAUCGACUGGCUCGCCGAGGCCGACAGCGAGGAGGACGACAGCGACGACGCGCGCCGCGCCGACGACCUCGACGUGGAGUACGACGACCGCGCGCCGCUGCGCCCCUCCGCCGCCCCCGCCGCCCCCUGCGCCCCCGCCGGCCCCGCCCCGCCCGCCGACGACGAGGGCGGCGAGGAGGUCGACAUCGACGCCAUC